AUGUCAAUAGAAAAAGCAUGCCGCAAUCCACUGCGCAAACGAAAUGCCGAUUUACAUAAUUUUAUGAUCAGAGGCAUCGAUUGUGUCUAUUUGCAAGCGCCCCACGUGAAAGCGACAGAAGAUGUUAAAGAUUUCUUAUCCUUCGUCAAAGCCUGGUGCUCUUUUGUGAAGCAUCACCACGACGUCGAGGAAGAGCUCAUGCACCCUCAGCUUGACAGUUUUACCAAUAGCCCCGGCUGCAAGAGCGCCAACUUUGCGCAACAUGCAAUUUUCGAACCUGGACUUCACGAACUUGUUGAUUAUUCAGAGAAGACCUCGCCUUCCAAAUUCAGCGCCACCAAGUACGCUCGUUGA